UCCUCAACUUGGCCUGCACGGCCCCUUAUCAGGGACCGACUGCUAACAAACAUUAUUGUCUGGGUACAAGCCAAAGGACAAAACUGUACAGCGCUGCAGGGGGAGGAGGGGAGGUGGGAAGCACUUGUACUAUAAAGUCAAAGGGCUGCACAUGUGGGCCCACACUGACAACAGAGACUGUAGACCGACGCUUCUGCGCUCCUGCGCGAAUCUCCGAGGACUCUCGCUGAAACGCUCUGAGGGAUACACGCUCGUUUUCUCACCUCUGAGGGAUUAUUCAUUUUCUUCAGCACUACUUUACUGCAAACUAUGGAUAUAUACGUUUGGAUUUCCGUGUUAUCAGUGAUGUACUCCUGGAUUUCCUCCACAGUCCUGUCGGCCCCCGCCGGAGACGCGCUCACUGCCUCCACCGUCAAAGAGGGGCGCCAUGUGCGGACCAAACGCUGUUCCUGCGCAUCGUUCCAGGACAAGGAGUGCGUCUAUUUCUGCCACCUGGACAUCAUAUGGGUCAACACACCUGAGCGCGUGGUCUCGUACGGACUGGGCAACGCUCCGCGGACGCGGCGCGCGCUCGCGGACUCCAGCGCACCCAGGAGCGUACCUCGCUGCCAGUGUGUCCGGGAAAACGACAACACCUGCCUGAACUUCUGCCGGCCUGAAAACCGCCUCAGGUAUGAGACAACGGCCGACGUGGUGAUUCGCUCCCCCGGGGGCGACGACGGUGCUGGGGCGCAGCGCAAACACAAGCUGGCAGCAGACACGGACAGGAUUAAGAGGUUGAAGAACAACAGUGAUAAACGGGCACCGCCUCCAGCGCUCAGGGCUGCGCUGAAAACCCGCCUGUUCCUGGAGAAGUGGAGGGUGAGACAGCACCACAGGGCGAGAGCAUGGGAGGGCGAGAGCGUGGCCUCCUAAAGAAGACUGCUUUCCUCUGCACUUUGUCAUACAGAGGCAGGAAGGGGCUUUAAACCUUCUCUAAAGCCAGCGGGGACUUCUGUGCAGCAGCGCCCCUCAGGAAGGAAGCGGGUAGCCCGCAUAAGGCCGGCUAUAACCGACUCCAUAUCGGUUUCACGAGUGCAGCAGAGCAGAGAGCACAGACAGCUCGACCGGGCUGCACUUCUUCAGACGCCAGAAUGACGUUAGAGACAUUACAAGGAGUUCGGGUGAAAGGAGACAAGCUGAAAAAGAGAACUUGGCCACAAUCUGCAAAAAUCAAGGACACUCAUUGAUCUUUUCAGAUGUCACGGUCAGAGACUCACGCUUAUUGACUUUACAAACAAACAAACAAACAAAGCAAAAAAAAAAAACAGACACCAAAUAACAUUUCAUGAACCUGAUAUUACAGAGAGGAAUGUACUCAAAUCUUUCUAACAGAAUAAAAAAAAUCUCUGCUGUAUAUUCUGAAAAUGCCAUAGUUUCUUUUUCCUAGCACACAACUGCAAUAACAGAUCAUCUGUCAGUAAAAGGGAUUAUGUGCCUUGUAUCAUGGCUUUGCUCGAGACAUGUUUUCACUGACUGAAACUGUAUUUACCUAACAGGGUGUCUCCUGUGUGUCAGCUGCUGGGAGCCUUUUUUUUUGUAUUCCAGAUGUUAUCACUGAUUUCUUGCCAUUCACUCAUCAUAAUUUAUGUUUUCAGUAACUUUGUUGCUUACAUGUGCUGCUCUCUAUUUAUUUAUCAUUUUUACACAUUGUAAUUAGAUGGCCAUAUUGGUCGAUCCUUUGUUUGUUUGGUUUGUCAUUUCUGCGAAAUGAUUGGUCGCCAACGUGCCGAAUUCUGGGCAAACUUUAAUAAAUUUGAUACGUUUAUUUAAAAGCGACGGAUCGGCUCCUUCAUUUUUUGUCACGUCAAAGGUUCAUUUUCCGCUGAAGAAAGAAUGAAUGUGGGAUUAAAGUUUCUGAACUGGGACGAAAGCUGCAUGUGUUCAGUAUGCAGGGCUUUAAGUUGGUAAAUAAAAAAAGGGAAAGUCAGAAAGCAAAGUGUGAGCAACAAGAUAAAGACAGACAAACUGAGAGGUAACAAGAAAGUGCAGGCAAAGAGCAGUCAAACGCAGCUAAACAUGCCCUUUCAUCUCGGCAACAAACCUGUGUGUACAGUGCAAUUUCUAAACGAGCUGAAAGUGGACGUCGGGUUUCUUCCAGCAGCUCGCACAUCCAGCACGCGGUUUAUGUUCAACCCUGUAAGAUGUGUCUUUUAUGUAUCCACCUCAAAGUUUCCACAUUUUACCACCAAGUGACUCAGCAAAGUACAGCGCGUGUCACACUUAUGUAGUUCUCAUUCCAACCUGCCACGACCUCCCGGCUCACCUUUAAUGAUCAUUACACAUACAGGUCAUUACGUACGCUUGCUGUCUCCUCGUCGACCUUUACCACUCCUCCUCCUCCAGGGGCAGCUGUUCUCCUCUCAGGAGCUUCCGUGCAUAUCUUUUAAUUUAAUCUUGGCUCGCGAGUCAACUUCGUUUUAUUUCAGUAAAUCAUUCAUCCAGCUAUUAUUACUGCUGCAAAAAGAAACCCUAGAGCCAUGGAAAUGUCAGCUUUGAAGGAAUUAAGAGAAAUUAGUGUAUGAACUUCUGGGCUAGUACUGAUAGUGACAUGAGACUGAUAUUUGACAUUUUAAAGUUUCAGAGUUCUUCAGCUCUUCGUUACAGUAUUUUUAAACAUUUAGCAUGACCAAAAUUGA